AUGCAGCGUGGAGUCCACGCAGACCUAUCGCUGGCUUACCUCCCUGGCAAAGGCAUCUCAUUGAUGGCUGCCAUGCCAAUCGAGCGCGAUUCAUUGAUUAUUCAGUACGUAGGUGAAGUCAUAAGUCGAGCGAUGUACCUGGAGCGUGAAAAAAAGGUGAAGUACUACGUGGUUGUCGUUAUUAGUGGCUUUACGCAGGUAUCCAACGUUGUUUUGUAG